AUGCCAGUACAGCAUUCUUCGCCGCAGCAGCCAAUGUUCCAUGGACAGCAACGUUCCUCACCUCAGCACCCCGUUUAUACGGGUCAGCAUUCUUCGCCUCAACAACCUGUGUAUCAAGCUCAGCAUCCUUCGCCACAGCAACCUUUGUAUCAAAAUCAGCACCCUUCUCCUCAGCAACCUAGCCAACCAUAUGCCAUUUUAGGUAGUAAUAUGCAAAGCCAUCAAAUGACUUCACAGGUUACAACUCAAAUGAUACCCCAACAUGGAGUAACAGUAAUGAAUCAAGCCGGGCAAAUGCAACAAACAGUAAAUACUGGUAAUACGCCGGGGCAACUGAUUCAAAACCAGCAUCAGAUAAUGACUGGACAGUCUCAUCAGUCUUCGCAACAACCAUUGAAUGUAACUUCUGUGAGCCAACAAAUGUUGCCUACGAUGUCGCAUCAAACACAGUCAGCUCAGCAACAUCAGAUGAUGACUUCUUCAUCUCAGCAUCAAAUGCUUCCAACCUCCCAACAUCAAAUGAUGUCAACAUCACCUCAGUUUAUUCAGCAUCAGACCGUUGUUGCUCAGCAACCAGUUGCACAGACUUCGAACUUUGCGGUGCCUUCUCAGACGCACUUAAGGCAGCAGAAUCCUGUUUACCAACAAAGUUCUCCUCACCGACCUUCUGCUCCUAGAUUUCCUUCCUCCAGUCCAGAAAGUAUCAACCACAACCAACAAUUAUAUCGUGCUCCGCCGCAACGUCCGCCUUCUGUUCAGAGAGUACAAGUGGGCCAGUCGUCCGCAAUCCGGCAAGCACUAGGACAUCUUCCCUCAACGCCAGCCACAUCCGCUUCUACCGCACCGACCGAACCAGUAUCGUUGAACGGAGUAAAACUUCUAGACAAGGAGGCGUUAGAAGCAUUAAUCAAGUCAGUAGAUCCUUUUGAAACGGUGGAGGAUGAUGUGUCAGACGCACUGAAACAGUUGGUGGAAGAGUUUGUUGACGAAGUUGUGGAACAUACAGCACGUGUUGCGAAGCACCGGGGUUCUCCGAGGUUAGAAGCGAAGGAUGUCCAGUAUGUCCUCGAGAAACGUUUUAAGAUUUUUCUACCAGCGCAGACUGUACAUGGUUUUCAACAAAGUGAACGAACUCCUUGUACGAAGCCACCAACGGCGGAAGCCCAUCGACAAAGAAUGGGUCUCAUCAAGAAGUCACUGCAGAAACCGUAG